AUUGUCGGCUCGGACGCUUCAAUUUCUGGCUCUUCUGGAAUCAUGUAACACUUUAUAUCCUUCCUAAAAAAGAUUUGUUCGGUUAAUUAAGCGAGGGAAGCCGAAGCGAUCGGGAAACGAGCCUUCGAGCACGGCGGGAGACACCCACGGCGGCGACGGAAUCAGUUAGAUGUCUUGGAUCGCACUUAUAUUGAUGUAGCAUUUCUAGGGUUCUUGCCAGAACAAUGAGAUUGCUAUUAGUGCAGAAUCAUCGAUCUAUCAGUCACCAAUAUCAUUUGAAUGAAUAUGUUGCUAUGCAGCGGUGCAAAUUUGAAAUGGAAGAUAGAAUUAGCACUCUGCCAAGCAACAUUAUUGAGCUUAUACUCAUGUACUUACCGAUAGCGGAGGCAGUCCGUACUAGUAUUCUUUCAAGCAGAUGGAGAUAUCAGUGGUGCACCAUUCCUCAUCUUAUAUUUGACAAGCAAAGCGUCUCAUUACCUGUAAAGUAUAAACUUGAGAACGUUGUAGAUCAAGUUCUCUUACUUCAUAGUGGACCCAUUCACAAAUUUGCCUUUGAUGCCUAUUCUGGCAUAAAAGACGUUGCCCCUGUAGACAGAUGGCUGGUUUUCUUGUCCAGAAACUAUUUGAAGGAGCUGGCUCUUAAAUUUUGUGCAAGCAGCCUCUAUAAGUUACCAACAGCUCUAUACUCCUGUCAAGCUAUAGUAUCUCUUGAUUUGCAUGAUUGCGAAUUUAAGCUUCCCCGUAGUUUUAAUGGUUUCAGUUGCCUUACCAUCCUUCUCCUUGAAAAUAUAAGCAUUUCAGAAUCCGAUUUUGCGUCCCUAAUUUCCAAAUGUCCACUUCUAAGAAAGUUAGUCUUCAUUGAUUUCUAUUGCUGUUGUCGUCUUAAGUUGAAUGCUCCCAGGCUUCAGGAAUUGGUAGUUGAGGGGGUGUUCGCCGACAUCUAUCUUGAAAAUACUCCAAAUCUGGCUUCCUUAUCUUUAGGGUUAGAAGAUGAUGAUGAAGAGCUUGAAAAUGAAGAUGAGGAAUUUGAGAAUGGAGAUACUGAAAAUGAGGAAGAAUGCGAUUUUAACAAGUGUCUAACUAAUAUUCUCAAGAUUGAGAAGCUGGAGCUGCAGCAAAAUUUUCUAGACUUCAUGACUAGAGGACAAGCAUUCGUGCGGUUCCCAAUUUACAAUUGUUUGAAGAAAGUAUUCUUAAGUUGUUUCAAUUUUGAAGAUCUGAAGCAUGUCAUGGUUCUUCAAUCAUUGCUGCAAAAUACUCCUGUGCUCAAUGAGCUUGAAAUAGAGGCUGACUCGGAUGAGUCCAUUGCCACCAUACCCACCUCAAGCUUUUUUGAUAAGAAGGAAAGUGGUAGUUUUUGUUUAGAACAGAUUCGAACUGUGAGGCUAGCUGAGCUUGUGGGCGUGCGUGCUGAAGUGGAGUUCAUAGAAUUUAUACUUUCUGGUGCUUCUAGGCUUGAAUCGCUUUUUAUAAAGCUAGACGGUGAAGCCCCCGACGAAAUCAAGGUUUACAAAGAGAUCAUGCGGUUUCGAAGGGCUUCUUCCCGAGCUGAGAUUGUAAUAUUGGAUUGAGACGUGGGCGGAUCCCCCAUGUACUCAGGGUGGGCAAAAAAAAAAA